AUGAUUGUUCCAGUCAAUGAAUACAUACCGGUGAGCAAUUGGGACAUGGUCGAGGCAAUGCUGAUGAGUAGAACUGGAUUUGAUGGACAAAAUGUCAAUGAAUACAUACCGGUGAGCAAUUGGGACAUGGUCGAGGCAAUGCUGAUGAGUAGAACUGGAUUUGAUGGACAAAAUGUCAAUGAAUACAUACCGGUGAGCAAUUGGGACAUGGUCGAGGCAAUGCUGAUGAGUAGAACUGGAUUUGAUGGACAAAAUGGUCCAAUAUGA